CCCCGCGCACCGCCAGAGCCGCCCGGGGAAGCGGAGGAGAAGGAGCGUCUCCCCAGAGCCCCCCGCCGAGCCCCGGUCCGGCGAUGCCGAGGGCGAAGCGGGAGGAGGAAGAGGAGGAGGACGAAGGGCGGCCGCUCGCGGAAUAGAGGAGCGGCGGCAGCGGGGCCGGUAGCUGCCCCGCGGGGCUCCCCGACCCGCCCCGCCGGCGGCCCCGCGCCCGCGGGAGGCAGGGAGGGAAGGAGCGCCCGGCGCCCGCCCCGGCCGCCGCCGCCGCCGCCCGGCGCCCCGCGGAGCAGCGCGGUGGGGCAGCCCCGCCGCGCCCGUCUAUGGGGCGGCGCUGAGCGGCGGCGCGGCGGGAGGGCGCCGGGGGCAGCAUGAAGUCCCUGCUCUUCAGCCGCUUCCUCCUGCUGCUGCCCUGGGUGCUCAUCGUCAUCAUCGUGCUGGACAUCGACAGCAGCCGGGCGCCGCUGCCCGCGCUGUCCCCCCGCGGCGGGGCCGAGGGCGGUAGCGGCGGGGCGCGGCCGCCCGCCCCGCGGCGGCGGCCCGAGGCCGCGCUGCCCACCAUCUAUGCCAUCACGCCCACCUACAGCCGCCCGGUGCAGAAGGCCGAGCUCACCCGCCUGGCCAACACCUUCCGGCAGGUGUCGCGGCUCCACUGGAUCCUGGUGGAGGACGCGGCGGCGCGCAGCGAGCUGGUGACCCGCUUCGUGGCGGGCGCCGGGCUGCCCUGCACGCACCUGCACGUCCCCACGCCGCGCCGCUACAAGCGCCCGGGGCUGCCCCGCGCCACCGAGCAGCGCAACGCCGGCCUGGCCUGGCUGCGGCAGCGGCAUCAGCACCUGCCGCCCCCGCAGCCCGGCGUGCUCUUCUUCGCCGACGACGACAACACCUACAGCCUGGAGCUGUUCCAGGAGAUGCGGACGACGCGCAAGGUGUCCGUGUGGCCCGUGGGGCUGGUGGGCGGCCGGCGCUACGAGCGGCCCGUGGUGGAGAACGGCAAGGUGGUGGGCUGGUACACGGGCUGGAGAGCCGACAGGCCCUUCGCGAUCGACAUGGCAGGAUUUGCUGUGAGUCUUCAAGUGAUCCUGUCGCAUCCCAAAGCCGUAUUCAAGCGUCGUGGUUCUCAACCAGGAAUGCAAGAAUCUGAUUUCCUGAAACAGAUAACAACAGUGGAGGAACUGGAGCCAAAAGCAAACAACUGCACAAAGGUUCUUGUAUGGCACACCCGAACAGAGAAGGUGAAUCUAGCUAACGAGCCAAAGUACCACCUGGACACAGUCAACAUUGAGGUAUGACAGUGAGGGGGGACAGUCCCACGCAAGAGCAGGACAGUGGACGCACCAGCGCGUGUCCCGCUUGGGACAGAUAAAGUCAUCAGCUUCUGCCUGAGACCUCACAGACUGCUGUGGAAACAAAAGGAAGCUUUCAGAGACUCUAAUAAGCAAGUCAAGUGGGUGUGCUUUGUUCUAACUUGUCUGCAUGCAUUUCUGAACUCUCAGCUUAAUAAACUGACACUUACCUUUGUUUUAAUGCUGUUUCCACAUAGAUAAACAUGGCUGCAAUGGAGUAUUUUCAAAAUCAUUAUUUAUGUAUAUACUUUUUGUAUUUAUCCAGCUUAAUGGUGUAAUUAUAAACUGAUUUUAACUCACAAA